GACUUCCUCUGGGGUGUUAAGCAUCUAAGUUUGGCCUAAAAGGACUAUUUUGGACAUCACAGAUUUAUUUUUACGUUAAGUUUUCAUUCCACUGUCGGCGAUGAUGAAGAGCUGCAGAGAAGAUGUGCUCUCUCAACCCUGAGCCAAAUUGGAUCCUUACAGGUUUUUGGAUGCCCCCCCUCCUCACACACACACACACACACACCAUCUCAGCUCUGACUUCAGAGCCUCCCUCCUGCAGCUCUGUCAUAACGCUCCACGGAAGUUUUCUGCCCGUGUUACGUUUAAUCCAACUCUGUGAGAUGAUAAUAUCAUUUGUUGAGACGGUUAAACCCCCAGCAGACGAAACCCUCGGCGUGUGGUGAGUGAGUGGCGCUGAUGAGAGGAGCCACCUUAAAGAAAAGCAUCCCGCUGAUGUCAGAGAGACGGUCUCCGCCGCCGGUACAGCGCUGCGCUGCUCCAUCGUUUCAAAUCUUCAUCCGCGCUGCUGCUCUCCUCACUUUUCUUCAGCUCAUGUCUCCACCGCAUUCACUGGAGUAGCUUAUUCCAACCUCUUCGCCAACACAUUCAACUGUGUCAGUCCUACCUGAGCCAAAUCCUCGCUUCGGGGAGAGAAAGGUUCCCCUCCUGUGUGAGGACAUUGUUGGUGUUGCUGCUGCUGUUACUCCACAACAAGGUCUCCCCCACCCCUCCUCCCCCUCCGCCAGCGCAGGGCAGCCACAGAAGCGUUGGCUCAAUUCCAGGAAGGCUCCGAUCCUGCAGCCACGUCAAUCACGUCUUCACCGCUGGCCGAAGAUACGUCACAUCAACUGAGACACCGAGAGAGCACAGACAGAUGACAGCUCAUUGACAGAUGACAGAAGCUGCAAUGACAGAUGACAGCGCAUUCAAGACUGCGGGGCGGCCCUCGUGGCCGGGAUGCCACUGUGUGCCUUGCCAGUCCACAGUGGACGGUGAGGGGCAGGAGGAGGGGACCGAGUGCAGGAGACUGAGAGGGGGCGGCUCGCAUCAAACAGGAGACAUGAACCUCUGCUGGAACGAGAUCAAACGCAAGUCCCACAACAUCCGGGUACGGCUAGAGGCCUUCUCAGACAACAGCGGGAAGCUGCAGCUCUCACUGCAGGAGAUCAUAGAAUGGCUGACAGCCAAGGACGAGGAGCUGUCGGAGCAGCUGCCCAUAGGAGGCGACGUGGGGGCCGUCCAGCACCAGAGGGAGUUCCACCAGGCAUUCAUGGAAGAUGUCAAGUCUCGCGGGCCGUUCAUCUACUCAGUCUUGGAGUCUGCCCAGGCCUUUCUGGCUCAGCACCCCUUCCAGGAGCCAGAGGAGACCCUGACCGAUGGAAAAGAGGUGUCUCCACGUCGACGGAUCUUAAAUGUGAGUCGCUCAGUGUGGAAGCAGGCCAACGUGGCCAGUGACCUGUGGGAAAAGCUGACGGCACGCUGUGUGGACCGCCAUAGACACAUGGAGAGGACCUUAGAGCGCCUACUUCAGAUCCAGGCAGCGAUGGAGGAGUUGGCUGUGGCUCUGGAGCAGGCAGAGGGGGUGAGAGACGCCUGGGAGCCUGUUGGAGACCUCUUCAUCGACUCUCUGCAGGACCACAUAGACGCUACCAAGUUAUUUAAGGAGGAGUUGACCCAGGUGAAGGAGGGCAUGAAGCACAUCAAUGAUUUGGCCCACCAGCUGGCGAUCUCCGAUGUCCAUUUGUCGAUGGAGAAUGCCCGCGCCCUGGAGCAUCUCAACAGCAGAUGGAAAGUGCUUCAGGGUUCGAUAGAGGAGCGGCUGAAGCAGCUCCAGGAUGCACAUAGAGACUUUGGCCCCGGAUCGCAGCACUUUCUUUCCAGUUCAGUGCAGAUACCAUGGGAACGUGCCAUUUCUCCGAACAAAGUGCCCUACUACAUAAACCAUCAGGCCCAGACGACGUGCUGGGACCAUCCAAAGAUGACAGAACUGUACCAAGCACUGGCGGAUCUGAACAACAUCAAGUUCUCUGCAUACAGAACAGCAAUGAAGCUGCGGCGAGUUCAGAAGGCUUUGAGAUUGGAUUUAGUGGCACUGAGCAGCCUUGUGGAGGUAUUUCGGGAGCAGAAGCUGCAGCAGGGUGAGCAUGUAAUGGAUGUGGUGGAAAUGAUCCACGGCCUCACAGCUCUUUAUGAAAGACUGGAGGAGGAGCGGUCCAUCCUGGUUAACAUUCCCCUCUGCGUUGACAUGUGUCUCAACUGGCUACUCAACGUCUACGACAGUGCUCGAAACGGUAAAAUGCGGGUUCUCAGCUUCAAGAUGGGAUUGGUGAGCUUGUGCAAUGCAGAUGUCCAAGACAAGUACAAAUACUUAUUCCGUCAAGUAUCUGGUCCUGGAGGUUUGACAGACCAGCGUCACCUCAGCCUGCUGCUCCAUGAAGCUAUUCAGAUCCCCCGCCAGUUGGGUGAAGUCGCUGCUUUCGGGGGCAGCAAUGUGGAGCCCAGCGUCCGCAGUUGCUUCCGUGUGGCCCCAGGGAAACCUGCCAUUGAGGUGUCUCACUUCCUGGAAUGGAUGAGCUUGGAGCCCCAGUCGAUGGUUUGGCUGCCUGUCCUCCACCGUGUGACUGCUGCAGAGUCAACCAAACACCAGGCCAAAUGCUAUAUCUGCAAACAGUGUCCCAUCAAGGGCUUCAGGUAUCGCAGUCUGAAGCAGUUCAAUGUGGACAUCUGCCAGACAUGUUUUCUAACCGGCCGCACUACCAAGGGAAAGAAGCUGCACUACCCCAUCAUGGAGUACUACACCCCAACAACCUCAGGGGAGAAGAUGAGGGACUUUGCCAAGACUCUGAAGAAUAAGUUCAGGUCAAAGCAGUACUUCACCAAACACCCUCAGAGAGGUUACCUGCCGGUGCAAUCUGUGCUGGAAGCCGAGAGCUCGGAGACGCCGUGCUCCUCGCCCAAGCUGCCCCAUGCAGACACACACAGCAGGAUUGAGCAUUAUGCCAGCAGAUUGGCAGAAAUGGAGAGCCAGAAUUGUUCAUUCUUCACGGAUAGCCUGUCUCCUGAUGAAAGUCUGGAUGAAGAUCAGUACCUCCUGCGUCACUCCAGCCCAGCACUGGACCAUGACUCACCCUGCGGACAGCACAUGCUUCUGGCCCACCUGGAGCACCAGAACAAGGAGCAGCUCCAGUGCACCCUGGCCCGUCUGGAAAAUGAGAACAGGGUGCUGCAGGGCGAGUACAGGAGGCUCAAGUGGAAGCACGAGGAGGCGGCAUCAGUCCCCAUGCUCACUGAGGCUGGAGAGGGCGGCCCAGGUUCACCCACAGCGGAAGGGCAGCAGGAUGAGGAGCUCCUAGCAGAGGCACGGGUCCUCCGGCAGCACAAGACGCGUCUGGAGACUCGUAUGCAGAUCCUGGAGGAACACAACAAACAGCUGGAGUCCCAGCUGCGCAGGCUCAGGGAGCUAUUGCUACAGCCCAAAGAUGACUCAGAGGCCAAUGGAUCAGAACCAUCAACCCUGUCUUCUCCUGUGUCUGGAGGGGGUCUCCACAGGGAACCGGCCAGCAGAGAGACCACUGACACUGAAGCAGCAGGAGAUGACAUGGAGCACGAACACGAUACAGUGCUGCAGCUCCAGGAGGUCAUCGAGCAGCUGAGAAAUGUCUUCCCUUCGGAACCGGGCACCACAUCACACAUCUAACCCUGAGUGGGUCUGGAGGAGCAGAGUGUAAGCCUGAAAAGACAGUUGAUGGCAGAGGGAUGAGCUCCAGAUGGUUGAGGUCAGGUCACUAUACACCAGGCCCAGUGACCACUGCAGCAGCUAUGAUAACCAGAGCUAACCCUCUACCGGAAGUCUGUGCACUAAAAGCCUUUUUCAUGCAUACUGCUGAAGGCUCACGCUGAUGUCCAUUUGGCCAGGCUGUGCUUGAUAACUUCUGUGGCGCAGCCUGACACCAUUUUAACGAGCCAAAGGAAACUAAUGUUAGCAGCAGGUCAGGGAGAGACUAAAGUAGAAGGGAAAGGCCCAGCCAAAACACUGUGCUUACCAGUAUCUGUGUAGUUGUUCGGAGGUAUGAAGCUUUAUGUCAGUCCACAGCACAAAUUGGACCUUCAAUGAAAAGAACUUUGAAAAAUGCAAAAAGGAAUAACAAUAUCCCCUUGUUUUGUCAGAAUGCCUGUAUCUUCAGUGUUUGUGUUUUUCUUUCUCCUUGAAUGUGUUAUCAUGGUUAUUAUUUUGGUUUUCUGAAGGGAGGUGGUGCGUUAAAGCUUGCUAGUGUUAACUAGAUCAGGGCUGGGCUGACUGCAUUACAUGUGGCUGCGUGGUGCAGAUUGUCGGGGAGUUAACAGCACCCACAAAAAGCUUAUUUACUUUGUGUGAGUGACACAUCAUCAGUUAAAUCCAUGAUUUAUUUAAGACAGCCAAAGUGCCCGCUAGCACAGCGCCUCUGUAUGCACACACUGUGUUCCUCUAAUCCUCUCAAACUGUUUGUCACUCUCAUUGCUUGUCUCUCCUAAGUGAGCCCUUUAUCCUCAUACAGAACCACUUGUACUUGCCGUCUGUGCACACACAUACACACACAUCUGCUGCUACAUCCAUGCUCCCUAUUGACAAUGUCCCCUUCCCUCACUGUGAGCAAAUGGCUCCCUGCAUGAUCAAUAUGCACUGUGCUGCAUCACUAAAUGCAGACUUCCAAAAAAAAAAUUGAGAUCCAUUACAUCUCUGGCUUGCGGGAUUCAGACAGAAUCUCAAGUUUUGAGCCAAUUUGUAUUAUGACUGAAAUUGGGUUUUGUUGAGGAAAUGUCUGCCGAUAAAAAUCAGCAUGUAGGCAUCCGCCCUGGAAUCUUUGGGCUCUCCUGCUGUGUGCAGAGAAAGAGAAGGAAGCAGCUCCAGGCAAUAGUGCUGCCAGGCUGAAACCCCUCUUUCUCUCUCUCUCUCUCUCUCUGUACAUUCCUACACUGACGUCAAGCCUAGUAAUCUCCCCUCUCCAUGAUCUCCAUGAUAGUUUUCAAAAUAACAGUAGCUAUUGAGUGUACAUGCCUCAUUUUCGCUCUUUAAUGCAUACUUAAUUGCUUUUAGAUUUGCAAAAAGACGAGCGUUUGGAUUGGAUUUGGCCCUUUCGUAUCGGGGUCAUUCAGUUCUAAACAUAGCACAGUCAGUUAAAGCCUUAAGACCAAACAGAAUCCAUGCAAAACAAGUUAGUCUUUCUGGACUUAUUUUUAUGUUUUACAUUGAAGGAAAGUGGUUGCUCAAGCGUAGGUUUGUUUGUCUGUGAGUCACUGGUCAGACCUGUGGUUAAUUUGGUGUAACAGUAAAAACAGAAAAGUGUUGAUCACAGCACAUGAAUAUCCAUUCAUUGAAACCAGCUAAAUAGGGCUUUUGAGGGUGAAACCAUGAAACUGGGGAUGCUUGAAGGGCCUAAAGAUCUGAGACAAGAGAAGAAAGGUAGGGAAAAAACACAAGAGAGAGAUCCACUUUGAUGUGCCUGCCACAGAAAAAUCUCCAGAAGCAAGACAAGCAAUUGCCUGAAACAAAUAAGCUGUGGCUCUGUGUGUUUCUCAGCAAUCAUACCACCUGAUUCUUGCAGAAAAGACAGACACAUACACAGAAAUUCAUCCUAAUCCUUAAAACGAUGCUCUGGCCUCACAUACAUGAGUUUGAAACCCAUGUGCUGCAUUCAUUACGGGCGAGCCCUCCAGGCACACAGCGCUCACAUUUUGACACCAUCCCCCUCAGCACUCGCUGGUUGUUAGUUUUGAUACUGUUGCUAGGGAACUGCCUCCAAGGACGCGGUACCACAGGUUUGUGAGUUAUAAAGGUGAUGUGCCGUUCAUCAUACAAAUGCUAAUAGCCUUAAGGGAAGCAAGGGAGGGCGUCACUCACCUCUUCUUCACUUCCACCUCCACUGAAGCCUGUCAGUUGCGUAGCUGCUAAAGAUAAUCAUUAUCAUCUGUUGAAUCGGGCUCUGUACUGCUGAAGCUCUCACAAAGUCAGAACAAAGAGCAGCGGCUUGAUUUAUGGGUGGAAGAAAAACAGCCUUGACAAGCAAUGUUUAUUCAUCCGUGUUUAUUUAUUGGUAUUCACACAUCCUGUUACAUAUUGGCGAUCACCCGGCAGCCUCACACUCUUAUCUACAUACUUUUCAUGAGGGUACACAAACUGAUGUAACAGUGACAGCGUGUGAAAGAGAAGAGAAGAGGAGGCAUUCCCCACAGGACUGCUUGUCAACAUUUGUCGUGUGUAUUUUAAGAUCGUAUAGAGGAGGCAGAUUGGAAUAAAUGUCCUCGGUGGUUCAACGACAGAGUUACGUUAUCGUACACAUGUUGUCCCCGUGUUUAACUCUGCUGGUUUCCGUGCCGUCUAAAUCGACUUUAAUGGUCGUCCAGCUUGUAGGAGAGUCAACUGGUGAGUCUCUUUACGCUGUGUGAUCAUCACUUUGAGGUCUGAUACAUACAGAAAUUUCCAUACUGGAAGUGGUUUCCUAUAUUCCCCAUGCACACUAAGACAUACUCCGCUCUCUGUGGCGUGACUUAAGUUGUUUGAUUGAAGAAAAAAGGCUCUCCACAGAGGCAACUUCCCCAGAGGACACUGCUUUCGCUCUCCAAACUUCUCUUACUGCAUGUAGCCAACCAACACACUACCGGCGCCGUACAUUACGCUCCCGCCGCUCCCGUGUCACACCCUCCGUGGUAGCGAUUAUGCAUCUAAGGUUGUAAUAGGGACACGUGUGCGCUUGUGUGUCGUCUCUCACAAUGAGGCAAUGAAUCAUCUAACCUCAAACAUGGUGUUGAUAACACUAACACACACAUUUACACACAGUCAUACCCUGAAGGUGAAAUAAAGGUUUGUCUUUUUUUUAAAUCACCAUUAAUAUACCUCAUUAAUCAUUUCAUAUGUUUAUUGUUUAAUGGGUUUGGUUUUAUGUCACUGUCCAGCACUCAAACACUUCUUGCUGUCUUUUCUCUGGAGUUUUUAAUCUGUAUAAAAAGUUUUCUGAGGAAAGGCUUUUUAUUGUAAUAACAAGUGGGUUACUGGCUGCUUUAUACUCUUUGUGUACAGAAAUAAAAACUUUGUAUUUGG